GGCACCGCCCUCAGGGCGCCCGCGCGCGGACAUGGCGGCGCCCGCCUACCCUGCUUGGGUGACGCGCUGGGUGUCGGGGCAGUGGCGGAACAAGAAGCGGCCCCCGACGCUCCGCCCGCCCCGGACACUGGCGCUGGCCGACAAGGUGGCGAACCGACGGGAGCAGUCGACAGAGGCGACGUGCAUUACGGAGAUGUCAGUAAUGAUGGCGUGCUGGAAACAAAAUGACUUCAACGACGCACCUUGUGCCGAGGAGAUCAGGACGUUCUAUGACUGCGUGGCCAAGGCAGAAAAAGAGCGCAGGAAUCAAAGUGAGGACAUCCUGUCACCCAGGGGAAAUUUGCCUUCAAGCAAAGUGAACAAGCUCCUGAAGAGGUUUCCUCAGAUCACACAUUAUGUAUAAUGUACUUUAUGAAAGAGACUGUGGACAAGCAAUUAAAGUUGGGGUCUUGGUAAAAAAAA